ACAGCAAUGGCGACCACCACGGAGACAUCAGCCGGCAUGAGCAAAAUGCUGCAGUUUAUGAAACUUAUCGGACAGCUCAAAAGGGUCCCUCGGACCGGCUGGGUGUACAGGGGCGUGAAGAAGCCAGAGAGCGUGUCAGACCACAUGUACCGCAUGGCCAUGAUGUCACUGACCAUCACCGACCCCACAGUGGACAAGGACAGAUGUAUAAAGCUGGCUCUGGUUCAUGACAUGGCAGAGUGCAUUGUGGGAGAUAUCGCUCCAUCGGACAACGUCAGUAAAGCAGAGAAACACAGGAGAGAAGAGGAGGCGAUGAGACAUCUAUCUGCUCUCCUGCCGGAGGGACUCAAACAGGAGAUUUACGGACUCUGGGAAGAGUAUGAAAACCAGAGCAGUCCAGAGGCCCGGCUGGUGAAACAGUUUGACCUGCUGGAGAUGAUCCUGCAGGCUCAUGAGUACGAGGAGCUGGAGGGAACGCCGGGAAGACUGCAGGAGUUCUUUGACUCCACUGACGGUCGUUUCCACCACCCUGACGUGCUCCAGCUCCUCGGCUCUUUGAAUGAAGAAAGACAAUGUCACAUGAAUAAAUCACCUGAAGCAAAGAAUUCUGGGACAGCACAGAUGACUGACGCGCUAUCUUCACAGCCACAUACGACUUCACACACUCCCUGACUGUGACCCGAAAUGUGUGUGUACAGACGGACGCACAACCAUCACAGGAUCAGUGGGAAACUGUAUUUUUGGGAGUUUCAUCUGUUCCCUCCGUCACCUCAUUUCUGAGGAAUUUGCUACAGAAGAACCGAGGAUGAUGGCACAAAGAUAUCUGUGUGCAUGCAGAUAUUUUAGCCCAUUAGUUUAAUUCACUGUUUUUGGAGAUUAGAGCAUCACUUUCUAUAAUAAAGGUGUUUUGCUAGGAAUGCAAAAUUUGCCAGGUAAUGUACAAAUGCAAUAACUUGUCAAAAUCCAUUUAGAUGUCCAUGUAGAAAGGGCUGUUUUUUAUCUAUACAAAUACCUGAAUUAAAGGGGAUCAACUUCCCUUCAUUUUUUUGUCUUUAAUAAAAUGUUACAGUGUC